ACUGCAUUUGCAGGAAACAGCAAGACCUUUUCGUCAGUCGUUUUGACAAACAGCUUGUUGCCCCCGGGGACUUUUCUUUCCACGUUGAUCUUGAAGAUGCAACACUCUAGGACGCCAAGAGUCCUUGCAUGCGUCUAGAGAGGGACUGAAUUCAGGGCGACCGAUUGAAUCAGGCGGUUGUUUUCCAGUUUUCUUGGGAAAGCCGAGACGCGUGAAAGUAUCUUAGAGACUUUCCAUUGCUUGAAGAACUCCUCUGUCGUCUUUGACAGUUCAGAAGGGCACACCGCUUCACUUCUCGACCUCCGUGACGGUUCCGCCGCGGCCGCCCCGUCUUCGUGCUUGGUUUCCUGAUCUUUUUGCUCCGGUUUUCUCCGUUCCUCCGUAUAGACGCCACAUUUUGUCUAACUCUUUGUUUGCUCGAUUUCCACUUGCGUCUUCUCCCGAGCUCCUUUCGUCUCUUCUCGUUCCUCUCAACCGGUUUCUCAAAACGCGCUUCCCACGGGUCUUCGAAACGUUGGCUUCCUACUCGCUCAACACCUUUCUGUCGUCUACAAAUCCCUCGUUUCUGCACUUGCUUUUCUAAUCUCGAGUAGUUGUUGUCUCAUCUCCCCUCUUCUGCGUAGAAAGAAAAGGCUGAAGCUGCAGGAAGCGCCUUUUCUCACUCGUCGGUUCGUUUUUUUCAAGUCCGAGACUGAAGAGGAAGGAGGACGAGACGAAAAAGCUCUGUGAUCCGACGCGAGGUCUCGGGGGACUUGCGUUCAGAAUCUUUCCUGGAGUGUUCGUUACAGCGGAGAAAAGAUGGCAGGAUAUGACCGAUUCAGCAUCCAAGCUCAACUGCAGCACCUCCAGAGCAAAUACCAAGGCACUGGGAAUGCACAGACAACGAAACUAGAGUGGGCGACGAGCAUCCAAAGAGACACUCUCGCGUCGCAUGUGGGCCACUACUCUCGCCUGGCUUAUUUCGCCGUUGUGGAGAAUGAAAAUGUGAAGCGUCUCCGGUAUCGAUUUCUGAACCAACUUGCGCGACCCGUCGCGUUCCCCGCAGAUGAGACAGAGAACAAGGAAGACGACGCGGAGAAGGGAGGCGAGGGAGAAGCGGAGCUGUCUGGGAAGGCUGAAGAGUAGAUGCAGCAAGAAGGAGUUUUUCUUGAGACCUCGACCUUCUUCGGGUGCGCCGUGAGUGGAGGUCGCAGUUGGAGAACUGCCACAGCAGCCACCGCGUUAGGUUGCAUCGGGGGUGCCGAAAAAUAGGGGAUGUAUCCGUGGGAGGGCUGUCGAGUAGGCGGCGGCUUUCGCGCGUCUGUUUUCUUCGCGUUCUUUCAGUGGCUGUCGUCCAUGGAGGCCUCUGUAGUGAUUUCGAAGUGCACAAGGAUCCUUAGGUGGUGGCCUGCUUUGAGAGAGGAACGAUCUUUUCCCCGGAAGACACGCGGGGGUGGGCUGGUAGACUAGGUUGAACACUGUCCACAAUACAGUAUUUCCGGGGACUGGAGCGUGCGUGCACCCUGCGUUAGUCUUUGGUAGAGAUUGCCUGAGUUCUGCCGUGCCAUCUUCUCAAAAACUCGACUUGGUCAACACGAUUGCUACAGCUACAGGCCGCUCGUAAACAUGAGUAACUGGAAGAAUGGUUUUUACGCGUGCUGUGGAUACUUUCGACUCUCUCUACUAGUUCAGAACGACACUUCCCC